CGGCCCCGGCGGCCCGGCCCCGGUCCGGUCCCGGCAGUGCGUCUCCGGUCAGAGCGGCUGAGAGGAGCGGCUGUGCGCUGCGCUGCGCUCCGGGACGCUCCAGGCUCCAGGUGCCAUCCUUGAGGAUCAGCUGAAGACCUUGGAUGCCCCCUGUUCUUUAUCCAUAGUCUGACUUCCACUGGCCGCCAUGUCUCCAGCCCAGGGAGUGCUGUCAGGAUGUACUUGCUCUUCCUCUGCCUGAGACUGUGUCUGAGCCAGCGGGACUGCACCGGCGUGGACUGUCCUCAGCUGGACAACUGCAUCGAGGAGGCUCUGGAGAGCGGCGCCUGCUGCGCCUCGUGCCUGCAGAAGGGCUGCACAUGUGAGGGCUACCAGUACUACGACUGCAUCAACGCUGGGUUCAAGAAUGGCAAAGUGCCCGAGGGGGACUCUUACUUUGUGGACUAUGGCAGCACCGAGUGCUCCUGUCCGGUGGGAGGGGGGCGGAUCAGCUGCCACUUCAUCAGCUGUCCCGAGAUGCCGCCGAACUGCAUCGAGGUGUUGGAGCCGGCGGACGGCUGCAUGCAGUGCCAACGUGGCUGUGUUCAGAACGGGCAGAAGUACGAGGCGGGACACUCUCUCCACAUCGACCCCUGCCGAGUCUGCCACUGCCCCAACGAAGGGGGGCAGCUGAUGUGCUACCCUGUGCCCAACUGUGAUCCCCAGAAGGUUGAUGCCCAUGCUGGGUGCCCCAACUGAGGACAAUCCACCAGCAGGCGAGAUACUUACCCCUACGGGUUUGAUCUGCACCCCCACACAGAUCAGACCUCCACGGAGUAUCGCCCUCUUGUCAAUGGAAACCUUCCUCUCUUCAAAUUGUCACCACUGGAUAAGGAAGAGCCAGAUGACUGAUAUGAUCCUACAGACUUAGAGAGUAGUCCUCAGUCCCUGGUCCUCCCCACUCUAUCCUCCUCCUCACCCUCUGCCUCUCACCCUUUAAACAAGGUUGUGUCUUUGUACCGAGAGUCCGUCAAACCCAACAGGACCUCUGAACUCCAAAGUCCUCCCAGACCCGAAAAACUGGAGCUGAGAGAGCGAUAUGGAGUUCAUGACCAUGCGGCAGGCGGUGUGAAAGAGAAGGAAGAUCCUCUGGGAGUGGAGCGGAGCACUGCUGGGCCACAUGUGGAUACCACCACACCUGAGCGAGGAGACCGUGCCUCAGCAGGGACCGACUACAAAAAUCCAUCACACGCAACAAAGACACUGGACAGUGUUGUCUUUCCAUUAAUCAAAGAAAGGGUGAGUGUGGAAACCCAGAAGACCAGCAUGAAGAUACCGAAAGACUGUUCCCCUUUGGAAGACACUGAGUCCAAAGCACACCGUCAAACCUCAUCAGAGGUUCCAACACCCCAAGGGUCGGACGCUCUGGUCAAUGAGGGCCGUCCACUGAAGAGUAGAGACAGACAAACUGAUCAGGAAAAAGCAUCAGCUGAGGUGCAUAUUCCACUGUAUGUUCCAACCACAGAACCUGCAGUCCAUCCCCAGACAAGUCCUGCUGGUCCAACAGAAAGUCUGAAUGUUUAUAAGACUGAUGAUGAGGAGGAGGAGGAGGAGGAGGAGGCAGAAGAAGAAAUUGUGACUAUUGAGACGGUCACCAAGGCUAAACCUGACAGGACGAAGCUGCCACACACUGAGAGAAGUCAUGAAGACGAAACGAGCUCCCCUGAGUCCGGAUUCCCCGAAACCCCGAGGAUAUCCGAGUACCAGACGACCCCGGCCAUCCCGUUCCGCUCUACCACCGUCCAGACAUCGGUCGGGGUCGAACCAGGGGAGAAUCGGCCCAGCGAGACGCCUGGAAGGAGCCCAGAUACCUUUCACAGUCAAGGAAAGGAGAAGAAGGUGGAGGAGGAAUGGGAGCGCCGCCCGGCUGUAUUCAUCAAAUACGACGAAGGUGAUGGAGUGUCCUGGGAGGACCCGGUGUCGGGCUGCUGCGCUGCCGGCCAGGCCUGGGCCCGGCGCCACCGCCGCUGCGACCGCAUGGCUCCGCUGGACGCCGACAGGAAGUCUGUCUGCAGCGUUGCUCAGAGGCAGUGCUGCCUGGCCUCCGUCCGGGAGGCGCAGUGUGAGGCCGGCGUGGAUUCAGCCAGGAGGGACGCCUGCGACGUGGCCGAGGAGAUGUCCUGCGAAGACGGCUCGCAGCAGGUGUGCUGCAGCUGCUGCGCUCUGGGCCUGCGGCUGCGGGGAGGGCGGGGCUGCCACGCCCACCAGCACCUGGGAUACCCCUGCGGACACGUCUUCCUCACCUGCUGCGAGGAAGACCGGCGCCCGGGCCAGUUCCCCCUGAGGAGGAGGCAGCGGCCUCAGCCCACCGCCCGGCCCGAACAAGUCUCAGACAGCAAGUUCCCCAAGGAGGCCUUCUCCAUCAGCGCCACGACGCCGCCAGCCAACGCCGUGGAGGAGCGUGAGGAGGUGGACGAGUGCGGCGGACAGCUGUGCCAGCACACCUGCAGCGGCGGGAGCGGCUCGAACCGCUGCGGCUGCCACCCUGGCUACAUCCUGCAGACCCGCCGGCACUCCUGCGCUCCAGUGGAUCCUGAUGUGGACAACCGGCUCCGAGAGGUGGACAGACCUGCUCCGGGACCAGUGAGGACCACCAGCCCCAGCCCCCGGACCAGAACAACCACUGUGACCCCCAUCAGGGCCGACCCCUGCGCAGAAAAUAAUCCGUGCGCCCAGCAGUGCACGGCGGUGGCGGGCCGGGCUCGCUGCUCCUGCUUCCCGGGUUUUCCGACUGCUCUCCUCAGUGAAGGACUAAUGUUUGAGGACGUGGACGAGUGUGUGAGCGGCGCCCGCCGCUGCCGGCCCGCCGAGCGCUGCGUCAACACGGCGGGCUCCUUCGUGUGCGAGCUGCAGGUCGGCUGUCCUGCCGGCUUCCGGCCGAGGAGCGGAGUGUGUGAGGAUGUGGACGAAUGCCUGCUGGGCAGCCAUGGCUGUGGCGUGGGCACGGUGUGUGAGAACACGGCGGGCUCCUUCCUCUGCAGGCCCAAACACAAGUGCAUGAGCGGCUUCUCGCAGGACGACCACGGAAACUGUGUCGAUAUAAACGAGUGCAGCGGCCUGAGCGACCCCUGCAGCCCGGGGUCGACCUGCGUCAACACGGUGGGCUCCUACACCUGCCAGAGGAAGACGGUGGCCUGCAGCCACGGCUACCACGCCGGCCCCGACGGCGCCAAGUGUGUCGACACUGACGAGUGUCUGAUGGGGACGCACCGCUGUGGAGCCGGACAGAUCUGUCACAACCUGCCCGGAACGUACCGCUGCGACUGCCAGACGGGCUACCAGUACGACGCCUCGCGGAAAGUCUGCACCGAUGUGAACGAGUGCUGGCGCUACUCCGGCAGGCUGUGUGCUCAGACCUGUGAAAACACCCCGGGCUCCUACCGCUGCGCCUGCACCACCGGCUUCUCCCUGGCCCCCGACGGCAAGAACUGCGAAGAUGUGAACGAGUGUGAGAAGCAGCCCUGCAGCCAGGAGUGUGCCAACAUCUACGGCUCGUACCAGUGCUACUGCCAGCAGGGCUACUCCCUGAGGGAGGACGGACACACCUGCCAGGACAUCGAUGAGUGCUCGCAGGGCCUGGGCUCGCUGUGUGCCUUCCAGUGUGUGAACGUGGCCGGCAGCUUCCGCUGCUCCUGUCCUCCUCAGGGUUACGUCCUGUCGGCUAACGGACGCUCCUGCACCGACGUUGACGAGUGCGCCGCAGGAAGCCACAACUGCUCCGCCGCUCAGACCUGCUUCAACCUGCAGGGCUCCUUCAGGUGUCUGUCCUUCAGCUGUCCCCCCAACUACAGGAAGGUGUCCGACACACGUUGUGAGCGGAACAGCUGUCCGGUGAACUCCCCGGACUGCCAGAACUCUCCGGUCCGGAUCACCUUCUACCAGCUCAGCUUCCAGACCAACAUCGUGGUCCCGGCCCAGAUCUUCCGCAUCGGGCCGUCUCCCGCCUACUCCGGCGACCACGUGGCCAUCAGCAUCGUCGGGGGCGACCGGGACGGCUACUUCAGCACCCGCAAGCUCAACGGCUUCACGGGCGCCGUGUACCUGCAGAGGGCGCUCCGGCAGCCGCGGGACUUCCUGCUGGACGUGGAGAUGAAGCUGCUGCGGCAGGGAACGCUCACCUCCUUCCUGGCCAAGAUCUACGUCUUCAUCACGGCCGCCGCCAUGUGACCAGCGCACGCGCGCACGCACACACACACACACACACACACACACACACACACACACACACACACACACUCGGACUGGACGCUUCAUAUGGUGCUAAACCUCCACUGCGGCACAUUUUUUUUAUAUUUGGGCUUUUUUUAACUUGACAGAAGGAUUGUGUAGAACGUUGCCAUCGAAAGGACUAUUUAGUUUGUGUUUGUUGAACUUGUUGAACCAGAAAUACUUUGUGUCUGUUUGUGCUGAACCUUCAUGUGUUUCUUUUUUGUUGUUGUUGUUUUGAUUUGAUUUGUUUUAUAAAGUUUUAAGUGACUCUAAAUUCUGGGUUAUCAGUUACAGUAAUGGGUUGUGGAAGAGACGGACACACACAGUUACAUUAAUGCACAUGUUAGAAUCUCUCGUCCACCUCAUAAUCAGGAUUGUGGACAGGAGGAGGAGCUGGAGCAAUCGGAGAACACAGGGAGAACUCAGCCACUUCCCUGGCCCAGAAUCUAGUCCAUAUUUAUAAUAUUGUCUGUUUUAUAUCAACAUUCGGAAUGCAGUUUGAAUGAAAUGUCUCAUUUCUUAAGCUUUUGAUGUAUCAAGUUUGUUCAUGAGCUGAAAGAAGUGUUGAUAGACCAAGACAUGUUAAACGUCACUUUCGAAUAAAUCUCUUGGCUGGUUAAUUCAUUCUCUCCCCAUUUUGU